GCAGUGGUUGGUUUGGUUCAGGGUGAGUUUGGCUGUCCGUCAUUUGGCCCCCACCUGCCUGCGAGCAGGGACAGGGGCUCCUUGCUGGGAAGCAGGGUGCCGACCACACAGGUCCACUGCGACUCCACUAGCAAACAACCAUUCCACACUACAGCCCGUCACAACUUCGCGACAACCCAAUCCACGACAACUGCAACUGCUAGCACAUGAGAACAGCAAUUGGCCGCAGUUACUCAAGGACAGAUCCUCAGACCAGUUGCCCACCAUGCCCUCAAUAACGACAGUCCACGAGUCACUCCCCUAUGUCGACCCAGAACCCACAAAACCAGAGCGCGAGGCAGCAGAAGCCCUCAUAGCAGCAGAGCGCGCCACAGUCCCAGACGACCCGCACCACGCCCUCCUCCCGCCGCCGGCAGAGCCCACCUUCAGCCCCCUGAUCCAGUCGGAGCUGGACCGCAUAGCCUCGAGCGCGGACCCCUCAAAACCAGCCCCCCUGGCGGCGAUCGACCUCUCGCGCUACGAGCUGCCCGACCUCCCCGAGGACGGCGACGCCGACCGCGACGCCCUCGAGGCCGCCCUCCGCCAGGCCUACACGGCGGCCUCGUACCUCUCCGCGCGGCGCCAGCACCUCGCGCUGCUCGACAGCCACGGAAAGAACGCGUGGCUCGUGGGCAACUGGCACCUCGAGGCGGAGCUGCGCGCCCUCGAGCGCGAGGUCGCCGCCGCCCGCCGCGCCAUCGACCUCGUCACGCUGCGCCGGCAGAGGCUGCAGCGCGACAGCGGCGGCGAGAUCACGGGGCUCGACGAGGCCUGGCGCAAGGGCGUCGGCCGCGUGCUUGAGGCAGAGGUCGCUGCCGAGGGCCUGCGGAGGGAGGUCGAUGCCAUCAUGAGGGAGAGGGCGGCCGCUCGGGAGGGCGGCCAGCAGCAGCCAGCGGAGGCUUGAAGUGGUGAGAGAGAGAGAGAGAGGACGAAUUUUGGUUUGACACCAAUUAGUUUGCGACGGGCAAGGCUUCGGCGGAGAGGACGGAUUGUCCUCAGUGUGGCCGACAUGGAUCAUCUGUGUCCUGAGUACAGAAUCCUUCCAGAGCCAGGAUCCUACCAGAGCCAGGACACAAGCAGCAGCACCCUCGUAUGUAUAUUGAUGAGCUCUGAGGCGUGCUCUCAAUAGCAAUCUUGGCUCGUUCAUGGUUCUAGAAGCCAGUGUUCGAAGGAUGAUAGAAACUGCCCAAAAAGGAUUUGGAACAAGCUCGUGCCAGACAGAUAUGGCGUCUCUACACGCGUUGUACUAGAGGGCAUCACCGCAUGGUAUAUAUAUAUAUGCACAUCACAAAUUGGUGGCAGAGUCGGAGCCGAGCACGAAUUUCCCCAUGUCUUGUUGCACGACUGCACCAGCGUUUGGUGAUAUUAAUGAAGGUGUU